CUCAGUGGAGAGAUUCAGCUUAACCUGCGCGAGCGGCGCUGUGAUCUGCUGUCAGUCUCAAGCAUGGCCUCCUCAAGCACCGCAGUAGUGACACAAGGAAGAAGGCGAAGCUUCGAUUUAGAUCAUCCAAAUAUGUCCAUUAGAAGGAUGGUGCUGGUAGGAAAGACUGGAGCAGGUAAAAGCUCCUCUGGAAACACAAUCCUGGGCAGGAGAGUCUUCAGAGCCGCCAGUAGUGGUUCAUCUGUGACCAAAGAAUGCUGGAAAGAGACUGCAGAAGUGGCUAGAAGAGAAAUUACCCUGGUAGAUACUCCAGGUCUGUUUGACACAGACGUCUCAGAGGAGUAUCUGAAACAGGAGAUCAGUAAAUGUGUGAAUAUGACAGCACCUGGACCUCACGCCAUCAUCCUGGUCAUUCAGCUCGGUCCAUUCACAAAAGAGGAGAUGGUGUCUGUGGAAAAAUUGAGAGCCAUAUUCGGAGAAACCGCAGAUAAACACACAAUCAUCCUCUUCACCCAUGGUGAUGAACUGACCGGCACUAUUGAAGAAUACAUGAGUAAGGCUGGUGAGAACCUGAAAGAAAUCCUGAGGCGCUGUGGGGGACGAUAUCAUGUGUUCAAUAAUAAAGACAUGGAGGAUCGUAUUCAAGUUCUGGAGCUCCUGGAGAAAGUAGAUGGCAUGAUCGCUGCUACUGGAGGUGGAUUUUACACCAGUGAGUCUUACCAGGGUGUGGAGCUCAUGCUGAAAGCUAAAGAAGAGGAGCUGAAGCAACACUAUGAGAAGAAACUACAAGAAAAAGAGAGGGAACUAGAGUCCAGAUUUACUGAAGAAAAGGGGAGAUUACAGCAGAUGAUUGAAGCUCUAACAGCAUCAGAGCAGGAGAAAGAAGAAAAGAUACAAGAGCUAAAAAGAAUAAAUUGGAGGAACAUGUGUAAAAUGAUGGAGUACAAACGAUAUUAUGAAACCAAACUCAGAGAGGCCAGACAGGAGGCAGAACUGACUCAUAUAAACGACAGAAAAAUGAUGGAGAUCUUAAUCAAGCUACAAAGCCUCCAGAUGCAAUCAUAUAUUUUCUUGCUUUCAAUCGACGCCAGACAUUUCGACGCUCGGUCUGAUCCAAAAAAUUCAUGUGUAUUCCAGGUUAUUUUUUUCUGUGAGCACAUCUUGAAGAUGGAAAAAAUUAUUGAAGGUUUGAAUUUGGUGCUACUGGGGAAGACAGGAGCAGGAAAAAGUGCUGCAGGAAACACAAUACUGGGACGACCGGCUUUCAAAUCAGAGAAAAGUCCUAAAUCUGUCACACAAGAUGUUGAUUUUCAAUCUGGGACUGUCUGUGGGCUUCCAGUCACUGUUUAUGACACACCAGGAUUCUGUGACACCGAGCUGGACGAGCACAAGAUACAGCAGAAAUAUCAGAGUAUUUUACAGAAAUGCAAUUCAGAGCUUUCUGCGUUUUUCCUCGUCAUUAAAGCAGACAGAUUCACCGAAGAAGAGAGAAAAACUGUGGAGAAGAUUGAGAAGCUUUUGGGACAAAACCGCUUGGAAAAAACCUGGCUUCUCUUCACCAGAGGAGACGAACUGGAGGAUGAAAAGAAGACCAUAACAGAAUUCAUCAGUGAGACUGAAGCACUGAAGGAACUCGUUCAGAAAUAUGAUCAGAGAUACCAUGUGUUCAACAACAAGAAGAGAGGACCUACUAAACAAGUUCAAAUGCUGAUUACAAAAAUUCUCAAGACAUGUUUAAAUAAAACGGUAAAUGGAGCAAUGAAACUUAAGCAGACUGUAGUGAAGAGCCAAAAGCCAGAACACACUCCUGUCUCCAGUCUCUCAUCCAGACGGAUUGUUCUUCUGGGUAAAAGUGGUGUUGGGAAAAGUGCAGUUGGAAACACAAUACUGGGAAAGAAGAAGUUCAGAUCUGUGAGGAGAAUGAAAUCAGUAACCCGUGAAUCUUCAGAAGCACACUCCACUUCAGGCAGAUCUGUGUCUGUAGUCGAUACUCCUGGAUUCUUUGACACAGAGAUGGAACCUGAAGAGUUAUUGAUGGAGAUAGCGAGAAGUGUGUAUUUAUCCGGUCCUGGACCUCACGCUUUUCUCAUUGUUCUCAGAGUAGAUGAACGAUUCACUGAAGUUGAGAAGCAGAUUCCUCAGAUGAUUGAGAUGUUGUUUGGAGAGGAGGUCUUAAAAUACUCCAUCAUUCUCUUCACUCAUGGAGAUGCCUUAGAAGAAGAACCCAUAGAAGAAGUAAUUAAGGAGAGUGAUGAUUUAAGAGAUCUAGUUGAUCGGUGUGGAGGCAGAUAUCAUGUCUUCAAUAAUAAAAAAAUUAAUAACAGAGAGCAGGUGAAUAAUCUACUGCAGACGAUUGACACAAUGAUAGAGCAGAAUGAAGGAGGACACUACAGUAAUCAGAUGUAUGAAGAUGCUCACAGAUGCAGACAAGAGGAAGAACAGCAGAGAAUAAGAGAGGAAGAGGAGAGAAAACAACACGAGGAGAAACAAAGACAAGAGGAGAUUGAGAGAGUGAGAAAGGAGACAGAGGAGAAAACCAAAGCAGAGAUACAAAGUAAGAAUGAUGAGACAAAACAAGAGGAGCAACAAACAGAGGAAACAGACAAUGCAGUAAUGAAACCAGAGGAGAAAACUGGACCAGAGUGUGAACCUCAGUCAAACCAAGAAACAAGCAGUGGAUUCAAGCAGUUUUUUUCAGAGUAUAAGAACAUUUUUUGUAUAGCCAUUUCAAUUGGUGUUGUCAUCGGUGCUAUUGUUGUUGGUGCUGCUGGUGCAGUUGUUGUUGGUGCUGCUGGUGCAGUUGCUGGUGGUGCUGCUGGUGCUGCUGGUGCAGUUGUUGUUGGUGCUGCUGGUGCAGUUGUUGGUGGUGCUGCUGGUGCAGUUGUUGGUGGUGCUGCUGGUGCAGUUGGUGGUGGUGUUGUUGGUGGUGUUGUUGGUGGUGCUGCUGCUGGUCUUUAUAAACUUUUUUGUAAAGAUCAAUUUAAAGUUAAAAAAAAUUGA